AUGGCAAGAGCUGGAGCAAGAACAAGGAAAGGAAAGCCCAGCGCAAAGCCACCAGCAAAGGUCGACAAACCGACACUCAACGAUGAGACGACGAGGAGGAAACCCCGAAGGAUAACGCAAUCUCUGUCGUCCGACGACGAUAACGAUGAUGCGCCUGUACUCGGCGAUCUGAGAGAUAUCCUGAAACGGAAGUCCGAGUCCGAAAAUGAUAGUAAUCCCAAGCACAAUGAUCUUCGGAUGAUGCUGGAUGCACGGAAGUCUCGACGUAUCUCGACAAGCGACGCUAACACCAACGAAGGGCCAAUUAGAGACCUCCGAGAUAAACUCAAAGCUGGCGCAAGCGACCUUCGCAUACAGCUCAACCGUUCGAAACCAACGGACUUACGACGGCAGUUGGAGCGAGCUAAAGGUCAUUCUCAACCUCCAGCGCAUGACGCCAGCAUAUCCACAGACCUCCGCACUUUACUAGACUCUAAGCGAGUACAAACAGGACAGUCGUUGAAUGUCAUCAUGGGCGGCUCCCCUCCUAGCGGAGACUCUGUCCUUUCUGUAAAAGACUAUCGUCGACAAGUCGCGACUUCCCAGAAGUGUCCGACUACACCGACAAGUCAUCCUCCGAUAACCUUCUCACCGAAUGACGCCGAAGGAGUUCACACUCCCCAUAAUGAUCCUCUUCUCGUCGUCCUUGGAAUUGGAGAGUAUGACGUCACCAAGAUCCUCAUUGACACCGGAAGUUCUGUCGAUCUCAUCUUCCGAGGAACCCUGCAGAAGAUGGGAGUUGAUCUUGACGACAUAAAAGCAUCCUGCAGAACAUUAACCGGGUUCAACGGAUCCUCCAAAACCAUAUUGGGCACGAUCCGCCUUCCGGUACGCGCGUGCGGUGUUACUCGAACAGUUAAGUUUGCUGUUGUAAGCACAAAAGCUCCAUAUCACGCUAUACUCGGCACUCCUUGGCUACACUCGAUGCAAGCCGUUCCUUCCACCUACCACCAGUGCGUCAAGUUCCCCGGCACGGACGGAAAGAUAAAAACGUUGAGAGGGGAUCAAAAGGGCGCUAGGGACCUCCUAGUCGCCACAGUCAAACUUCAACGGUCAUCUCUACCCGUUAACUCAGUGUCUCCCCCAACCUCAAAAGUCUGUUCUCAGGAAAGCGAGAUUCUCGAGUUACCUAUUGACGACGCCGAUCAAAGUCGAACCGUGAGGAUUGGUGCAUAUCUUUCUGAGGAAAUGCAGCAGUCAGUUCUGGAUUUCCUCAGGAAGAACGUGUCUACAUUCGCUUGGUCUAUGGCAGACAUGAAAGGCAUUGACCCGACUAUAACGACUCAUGAGCUAAACGUCGACCCAACGUUCAAACCUAUCCGCCAUAAGCGACGUAAGCUCGGCCCUGACAGGUCAAAGGCUGUAAACGAGGAAGUUGACAGGCUACUCGGCGCAUGUUCGAUUGCUGAAGUUUGCUACCCCGAAUGGUUGGCAAAUCCGGUGGUCAUCAAAAAGAAAAAUGGUAAGUGGCGUGUCUGCGUCGACUUCACCGAUUUGAACAAAGCCUGCCCAAAGGAUAGCUACCCUCUUCCCAACAUUGACCGUUUAGUCGAGUCUACGGCUGGAAACGAGAUGCUAACCUUCAUGGACGCCUUCUCUGGAUAUAACCAAAUAAUGAUGCACCCGGAUGAUCGCGAGAAGACAGCCUUCAUCACAGAUAGGGGAACCUACUGCUAUAAGGUCAUGCCGUUCGGUUUGAAGAACGCCGGAGCAACCUACCAACGGCUUGUGAACAAGAUGUUCGCAUAUAAGCUGGGCAUCACCAUGGAAGUGUACAUCGACGACAUGCUGGUUAAGUCGCUCCAUUCCACUGAUCACCUCCGUCAUCUGCAAGAAUGCUUCGAAACUCUCAAUAGAAACGGCAUGAAGCUGAACCCGGCAAAGUGCACGUUCGGAGUCUCUUCAGGCGAGUUCCUCGGCUACUUAGUCACGCAGCGAGGAAUUGAGGCAAACCCGAAGCAAAUAUCCGCGGUCCUGAACCUCCCGAGUCCGAACAACAGUAGAGAAGUACAACGGCUCACGGGCAGGAUAGCUGCUCUAAAUCGUUUCAUCUCCAGAUCCACCGACAAGUGUCUCCCCUUUUACGAUCUCUUGCGAGGAAACAAGAAGUUCAUUUGGGAUGAGAAGUGCGAGGAUGCAUUUACUCAACUCAAGCAAUACCUGACAACACCUCCAGUACUCGCUAAGCCGGACGUCGGUGAUGUUCUAUCUCUCUAUGUCGCGGUGUCACAAGCUGCAGUCAGCAGCGUUCUGAUAAAUGAAGACCGUGGCGAACAAAAGCCCAUCUUCUACACGAGCAGAUCUGGCAGACUCACGAAGUGGGCCAUCGAACUCGGCGAGCUCGAUAUCACCUACAAGAACCGCACAGCAGCAAAAUCCCAAGUCUUUGCGGACUUCCUGGUCGAGUUGGCCCCAAAAUUGGAGCAAGAUCUCACACUCCCAAACUCAAACUGGACGCUGCACGUCGAUGGAUCGUCGACCAACAAGGGAGCAGGUGCCGGAGUCCAACUACAGUCCCCGACCGGAGAGCUAAUCAGGCAGUCUUUCAGCUUUGGCUUUCCCGCAUCAAAUAACGAAGCAGAGUAUGAAUCUCUGAUCGCUGGACUCCGCUUAGCGAAAGCCGUAAAAGCUAAACGACUAAGCGCCUAUUGCGACUCUCAGCUAGUCGCCAGUCAGUUCAGUGGCGACUAUGAUGCCCGCAACGACCGAAUGGACAACUACCUCAAAAUAGUUCAAAGCCUGGCAGCAGAGUUCGAGUUCUUAGAACUCAUCAAAGUUCCCAGAGGCGAAAACGUCUGCGCCGAUGCCCUCGCGGCCCUUGGCAGCAAGCUUCGCGACCAAGUUAAACAAACCAUCCCGAUACAUCGUAUCGAGAAACCAAGCAUCGAUAUACUAGCCGACCAAACCCUCGUCGUUGCCCCGGUCAUCGAACCCGCUACUCCAGGCGACGACGGAUUUGGUCCUGAUUGGAGAACUGAGUUCAUCAAUUACCUCUCGAAGGGAGAACUCCCAACAGAGAAAUGGGCAGCUCGCCGACUAAAAACACGCAGCGCCCAUUACGUCGUUCUUGACGAUGAACUACACUGUUGGACCGCGAGUAAAGUGCUCCUAAAAUGCAUCCAUGGCGACGAGACAGCAAGAGUUAUGGCAGAGACGCAUGAAGGCGCUGGCGGAAAUCAUUCGGGCGGACGUGCAUUAGCGAUCAAAGUAAGGAGCUUAGGGUUCUUCUGGCCGACAAUGAACGCGGAUUGCGAGUCUUACGCGAGAAGCUGCGACAAGUGCCAACGGCACGCACCCAGCAUCCAUUGUCCAACCGAAAUGUUGCGAACAACCACCGCUCCAUACCCGUUCAUGAGAGGGGCAAUGGACAUCAUCGGACCACUUCCCUGUUCCCGCCAAAGAUGCUUCAUCCUCGUCCUCACCGACUACUUCACCAAAUGGAUCGAAGCUGAAGCAUACGCUCAAGUCACAGACAAAGAAGUCCGCGGUUUCGUCUGGAAAAACAUUAUUUGCCACCACGGUUUGCCUUACGAGAUCGUCACCGAUAACGGAUCGCAGUUCAUGUCAGGCAACUUCAAGGAGUUCUGUGGCAAAUGGAACAUUCGACUAAGCCCUUCCACUCCUCGUUACCCGCAAGCUAAUGGCCAGGCAGAAUCCUCUAACAAACUCAUCAUCGAUGGCAUUAAAAAACGUCUGGACCUGAAAAAAGGUCAUUGGGCUGACGAACUCGAUGGAGUCCUAUGGAGCCAUCGCACAACUCCACGAGGAUCGACUAAAUCGACACCUUUCUCCCUCGCCUACGGCGUAGAAGCCAUGGCCCCUUCUGAAGUUAACGUUUCAAGCCUCCGACGUUCCAAAAUGCCUCAAUACGUCGAGCUGAACAAGGAGAUGCUACUCGAUGCCCUUGAUGAGAUAGAAGAACGAUGA